AUGAUUGAUAUAUCUGAAUUCCAGAGUUAUGCCCAGCAGCAUGGGAGUUCUUCUGUUGAUCUUGAUGGUUUUGUUGAUUCAUUAGAGAAAUCAUUGAAUGUCAAUAACAAGAAGGGCAAAGGUAGUAAAAGUGUGUUAACAACAUUCAAUAAACCAGAUCUACCAUUGGCAUCAUGGAAAUUCAAAGAAUGGGAUUAUUUGAAUCCUGAAAUCAACUUACCUUCAAAUGCCAGAGGCUUAUUCACCACGGAAAACUCCCCUCACAAGAUUGUGGUCCGUGGCUACAACAAGUUUUUCAAUGUGAAUGAGGCCAAAGAAACAAAGGUUGAUGCCAUAAAGAAUAAUAGCCAAGGACCAUAUGAGGUAACGCUAAAGUCUAACGGCUGUAUCAUAUUCAUUUCAGGCUUAGAAGAUGGCACAUUAGUAGUAUGUUCCAAGCACUCUACCGGCAUCAUUGACAAUUAUAGAAACCAUUCAUUACAAGGCAAAGAAUUUCUUGAGCGGCAACUAAAAGAACUAGGAGUAGACUCCAAAGAGUUUGGUAAGGCCUUAAAUGAGUUAAAUGUUACUGCUAUUGCUGAGUAUUGUGAUGAUGACUUUGAGGAGCAUGUGCUUCAGUACGUUGGUGAUGAUAUUGGAUUAUACCUUCAUGGUUUGAAUUUCAAUAUUCCAGAAUUUAAAACUUUUCCUAUGGAUUUGGUGACGAAAUUUGCGGUGAAGUUUGGCUUUAAAACUACCUCUUACUUCGUUGAAUCAGACGUCAAUAAGCUUUUCGAAUUCCUUGAGAAAUCAGCAAAAACUGGGAUGUAUGAAGGUGAAGAAGUGGAAGGAUUUGUCAUUAGAUGUAAAGAAAAAUCUACAGAUUCAGAUUUUUUUUGGAAAUUCAAAUUUGAAGAACCUUAUUUGAUGUACCGUCAAUGGAGAGAAGCUACAAAAAAACUCAUUAAAGUUAGAGAUUUAAAUGACCCUUCUUUCAAGAAAUACAAUGACGUUACCAGACAUUACCUUGAAUUUGUCGCGCCAAUUAUUAAUAAUCAUGAAAAACUUGGAAAAUAUUACUUGUUGGGCCAUAGUAUUAUUGACUUGCGGAAAUUAUAUUUGAAGUUCAUUGGGAAGGAAGGUUAUGAAUUGACCAAAUCCAAGGCUGUAGACCAUGAAAAGGCUCAAAAUAUUAAGGAGAUUAUACUGUCAAGAACAAUGACACAGAAAGAGGUUGAAGACGACAUUGAAGGAAUUAUCAAAGGAUUAAGUCAUGUGCAAAUUGAUGAAAAGCAAGUCCAAGCUCAAAUGCCUGCUCCGUUAACUGAUCCAAAGGUCGAUGGUUGUGGCUACGAAAUUUUGCAAAUCAAUAAAUACUGCUUAAUUCCAAUAGCCACUAUUGGGUGUGGGAAGACCACAACCGCGUUGACAUUACUCAAUUUGUUCCCACAAUGGGGACACAUUCAGAAUGAUAAUUUAAUAAAAAACAAGGUAUUUAAUAAGAGAUUGGAAAGAAAAUCUUUGGAAUUUCUUAUGGGAAAUACUGCGGUUCUCGACGAAGAUAAAUUAAAUGUUGAAAUAGAUGAAUUUUUGAAAAAUCCAAAGAAAUUCGGCUCAAACCCUUAUUCGAUGGUCAAAGAGAAAAAUAAAACAGAAAAUAAGGACAAGAUUCUUGAUUCUAAUAAUGUGAUAAUUGUGGAUAGAAAUAAUCAUAUGUUCAGAGAAAGAAAAGACUUAUUUUCAUAUUUGCGAUCACUUAAAACAAGUUAUCUUACCAACGAUGGAGAAUUGGUUACUGAUGCGUCUGGGAAAGUUGUUAGAAUUCGGUACCAGUUGAAGUUUAUUUGUUUGAAUUUCUUGCCAAAAAAGUACUUUCCAUACGCAAAUGUUUCUGCCGAUGAUAGACUUUGGAACGUCACACAUGGACGAAUCAAGGAUCGCGGGGAUAACCAUCAAACAAUCAAAUUGAAUAGUGAAAAAGAUUUAGCAGAUGUUGAAAAAAUCAUGAAAGGGUUUAUUGGUAGAUUCCAGUUUUGUGAUCCAAAGAAAAGCCCAGAUUCCUCUUUUGAUUCAGUCAUUGAUUUAAAUAUUUUUGAAGAUAAUAGCUCUAGAGUGAACGCCGAAAAAAUCUUGAAACAAUUGUACGGCGAAUUUCCUGAAGUUUUGAAUGGAAAAAUGCCAACAAAAGAGGAGAUUGAUGAGGCCUUCAAGAAGGCGCUAGAUUACAAGCCAAAGAUCAAUAAGAUUGUUAGAGGUAGUGGUAAAAAAUCGGAAGACAAACAAAAGAAAAAUCAUAAGGACAAGAACGAGAAUAAUUCUAAUCCAAAGCCAAGACUGCCGAAAAUAAAUUAUUUUGGAAUUGAAAUAUCUGAUCCCUCAACUCUCCUUAGUCGUGUGUACUCCCUUAUAAACAAAAAGCAAAAUAUUUUAAAUCUCGAACCCACUCAAAACUUUUUUCAUAAGCUUGCCUAUUCUCAAAGAAUCCAACCUCGUUUUCAUGUCACAUUGGUUCAUGCUGCCCACAAAGAUAAGUCUAUUUUCAAAGGAUAUUCUCAGUUGUUGGAAUCUUGCCUUAGUUCCACCACGAAUAAUGCAACUGCCAAUAAAGCCAUCGUACCUGUUGGCAAAAUAUGCUUUGACAUCAAGCUUGAUAAGCUCGUUUGGGAUGGCAAAGCUGCGGCAAUAUUGGUCAAAAUUGUUGGUGUCCAUAAUGUUCCAGAAGAUAAGAAGGAUACUAUAAAAUAUGGAAAUAGCAGAUUACAUAUUACUCUUGGUACGGAAAAUGUGUCUAUCAAGCCAUUUUAUUCAAACACUAUGCUUGAAUAUGCUGAUGAAUAUAUAACAAAAGAUGCCAGUGGUAUUUACGAAGACAAUAUUUGCGUAUUCCAAUGGGAUGAUGAUGAUAGUGAUGCUUAUUUGAAUAAAUUACCAUUGACUGGUUUUAUUCAAUAG